AUGAAUAUUGAAGUAGGAAAAAUUGUGUUGGGUAAUGCACCCAAAAAUGCUACAUACAUGUCUCCAGAUGUUAAAAAAGAAAUUUUGAGCAUUAUGGCUAAUACAACGAGACAAGGAAUUCGUAUCGAAAUUGGGGAUACGAAAUUUAGUAUCCUUGCCAAAGGGUAUAAUGGUGCUAAUAAUAUACGUGGUUCUUGGAAUGGACUACAGGAAUUAUUUCUUAAAGAUUAUCCAUAUACAUACUAUGUCCAUUGUCUUGUCCAUCGUUUACAACUCACAUUAGUUUCCGCAACUAGGAAUAUCUCAGAUAUUAAUUCAUUUUUUUCUUAUUUGGACAAUAUUAUUAAUAUGAUUACAUCAUCUCCUAAGCGCAUCAAUGAGUUGAAAAGUGCCCAAAGAAAAGAAAUUGAGCAUUUGUUGGAAAUUGGAGAACGAGAGUCAAGAAGUGGUGCUAAUCAAAUUGGUAAUUUGCAACAAGCCAGAGGUACUCGUUGGUCUUCUCAUUACAACUCUAUAAAGAGUUUGAUUGAUAUGUAUGCUGCAACUUGCAAGGUGCUUGAGUAUCUUAGUGAUCAUUCUCCAAGUAUAAGAUCUCAGUCCGAAGUUGGUGGUGUAUACAAAACCAUGACAACAUUUGAAUUUGUAUUUAUCUUGCAUUUAAUGCGUAGAAUAUUAGCAAUUGUGGAUGUGUUUUGUCAGGCCCUUCAAAAGAAAACUCAAAACAUCUUAACUACUAUGAGAUUUGUCCGUACUACAAAAACUAUCCUUCAAGUAUUGAGAGAAAGUGGCUGGGAAGAAUUUCUUGAAGAGAUGAUGGAGUUAGAUACAAGAUUUAAUAAGACAUCAUUAGAACUCCUUUCUUUUAGUAUGGCUUUGGAUCCAAAAAAUUCUUUUGAAUCAUUUAAUAUGAAUAAUAUUUGCAUGCUUGUAGAGAAAUUUUAUCCUGAAGCUUUUACACAGCGAGAUAUUUAUUCUGAAUCUCGAUUUCAAGUACCUACACUUUCUGAUUUAUGUCGGGAAUUAGUUGCAAGAAGAAGGUCAGAGAGUUACGUCAUUUUGACUAAAUUGAUUUGUUUUGUACUGACACUACAUGUUUCAACGGCAACUGUGGAGCGAGCAUUUUCAUCAAUGAAACAUGUGAAGAUGGAAAUUCGUGACAAAAUGGAUGAUGGUUUUCUUACUGAUUGUUUAACACUAAACAUUGAACGAGAAUUUAGUAUGAAUGAAUUUUAUGCAUACAUUAUAGAUGAAUGA